CCCUGUAUUGAUUGCUAGUAUCCCCUCACCUCCAAAUACAGGGAGAAGCUAAAGACUAGAGAGCUCAGAUGGCCAGCAGCGCCACAUACUUAGCGAGAGAAAUCGGGUGAAAGCCAGAAAUGUAGCUUAACAGUUACUUCAGAUAUCCACAUGCUUAUGCACUUCUGUGAGGAGACUGUAAGGAUUAGAAACCGUCAGGAAAAGAAGAAAUAUGAAACCCUGCAGAAGGAGGAGUCCGAAACCUCCCUUCCAAAGCUCUCCACGGAGCAGGAGGUCCCGUCUCUACCUCGUGAGGUCCUGGGAGAACACCUGAAGGAGUUAGCCGAGUCCCCACUCCAGAGGGAUGCCGGGGGACACAGCGAAAGUGACAUGUUCGAAAUACCACUCACCUCCUUGACUCUCAGCACUGAAGGGUCCGUGACGUGUCACAUGGAGCCUCUGGAGGAAGCGGAGGAGCAUGGUGCCUGUGUCAGGGAUGGUCUAAGCAAGCUGAAUGUCAACGCCCGAGAUGAAGGGGAGCCUCCCAGGACCUGGAUGGAAGUGGAGGAGGGUAGGUCGGUGCAGCGUGAACCUUCAGAAGGCGUGUUGCAGUCUGGUUUUUCUUGCUUUCAGCAGGAAAUGGAGAAUUCGAAUGUCAGAGAAAUGGAAGAAAAACCCACCCUGAGUGGUUCUGUAGAGGUGCUACAGAACGUUGGCGUGCCGAGAUCCUGUGAAGCCAAAGACAUUUUCCAGCCAGCUCGAGUGAGGAAGCUGUACCCCCAGCUGCCUGCCGAGGUGGCUGAAGUGCCAUCUCUGGUGGCGGUGAAGCCCUUGCUCUGUAGUCAGCGACUGUACCCGGAGCUCCCGUCUCAGCCCGAGCUAGCACCGUUCACUAAAGAACAGCUGAGAAUCUUGGAGCCUGGCUCUUGGCUGGAAAAUGUUGAGUCAUAUGAGGAAGAGUUUGACAGUAUGGCUCAUCAGGACAGGCAUGAAUUUUAUGAGCUGCUUCUGAACUACUCACGAUGUAGGAAGCAACUGCUGCUGGCCGAAGCUGAGCUUCUGACUCUGACGGCGGAUUGCCAGAAUGCUAAAAGUCGACUGUGGCACUUUAAGGAGGAGCAGGUGUCUGUGCAGGGUGUCUGUGCAGACCAAGUGAAAGUGUAUGGCUGUCAUCGCUACCAACGAGUAGAGAUGAACGAAAGUGCCCUGGGCGACUUAAAGAAGCUUUUUGAUGCCAAGUCUGAGCACCUCCACCAGACCCUGGCACUUCAUUCUUACACCUCUGUGCUGUCAAGGUUGCAAGUGGAGUCUUAUCUCUACACACUAAUGAAUAGUUCAGCUGUUCUGAGAUCUUUGGCAAUUCAACAAGAACGAGCUUCUAAGCCGACAGAAAGUGUUGCCUCGGAUCUGUGUCAGCUGAAGGAAUGCAUCAGUGUCUUGUUCAUGUUCACCAGGAGAGUCAGUGACGACGCCCAGUUCCACGAUGAUGUUCUUCUCUGGCUGCAGAAAUUGGUGGCAGUGUUGCAAAGAGUCGGUGCUCUUGGAGAUCACCUCUUCCUCCUCAACCAUAUUCUGCGGUGCCCGGCUGGCGUCAGUAAAUGGGCUGUCCCUUUCAUCCAGAUCAAAGUGUUGAAUAACCCCUCAGGAGUCUUUCAUUUCAUGCAGUCCCUUGCCUUGCUGAUGUCUCCUGUCAAAAAUCGAGCGGAGUUUAUGUGCCACAUGAAGCCCAGCGAGCAGAAGCCGUCCUCCUCGGGGCCUGCGUCUGGGACCUGGACGCUCGUAGAUGAGGGAGGAGAAGAGGAUGAAGACCCUGACACCAGUUGGAGCCUCCUUAAUGAAGAUGACUUGGUUGUUCUUUUAUCACAGUUUCCAUUUCAUGAGCUCUUUCAGCAUCUUCUUGGGUUUCAAGCAGAAGAUGAUUAUUUGCCUGAAAUAACAAGACCUCAAGAAAUGAUGAAAAUUUUUGCCUUUGCCAACUCAUUAGUGGAACUUCUGGCGGUGGGGUUAGAAACCUUCAACAGGGCACGCUACAGGCAGUUUGUGAAGCGCAUCGGCUAUCUGAUCAGGAUGACCCUUGGCUAUGUGAGUGACCACUGGGCACAGUACGUGAGCUACAGUGGGGCUUCAGGAUCGCCUCUGCAGCCCUACUCCAUGGAGAAGCUACAAGUUGAAUUUGACGAGCUCUUUUUGAGGGCUGUCCUACAUGUGUUGAAAGCUAAAAGACUUGGCAUUUGGCUGUUCAUGUCUGAGAUGCCCUUCGCGACUCUGUCGGCCCACAUGCUCUGGAAGCUCUUCUACCUCAUGCACCAGGUGGAGGAGAGCGGGACCCUGCAGCAGGUGUGCUCCAACCUGCAGGCGGCUGAGUGCAAGAGGCGGCUCCAAGACCCAGAACACUUUGUGAACUUUGAGAAGUGUCUUUCUUCCAUGAACAGUUCAGAAGAGAUCUGCCUUCUGACGACCUUUGCUCAAAUGGCUCAGGCCAGAAGAACCAACGUGGAUGAAGACUUUGUAAAAAUGAUUGCUCUGGAGAUAUACGAGGUAUCAUAUGUUACCCUGUCCACGAGAGAGACGUUUUCAAAGGUUGGUCGAGAACUUUUAGGGGCUAUCACAGCUGUUCACCCCAAGAUAAUUUCCAUCCUUUUGGAUCGAGUUCAAGAUACCAUAGACCAGGUUGGAAUGGUUUCUUUGUACUUGUUUAAAGAAUUGCCUUUGUAUCUUUGGCGACCUUCUGCCUCCGAGGUAGCUGUGAUUCGAGAUUGGUUAUUGAAUUACAACCUAGCUGCAGUGAAGAAUAAACUGGCCUGUGUUAUUCUGGAAGGGUUGAAUUGGGGAUUUGAUGAACAGGGUACCCUUCACCUGGAUCAAGCGGUCCAUACUGAAGUUGCCUUACUGAUUCUGGAAGCUUACCAGAAGCAUCUUGCACAGAAGCCAUAUGCUGGGCUUCUUUCUGAAAGUAUGAAGCAGGUUUCAUAUUUGGCCAGUAUUGUUCGCUAUGGAGAGACACCUGAGAGCUCCUUUAACCAGUGGGCCUGGAAUUUGAUCUUGAGGUUAAAACUACACAGAAAUGAUUAUGGAUUACAGCAGAAUUGUCCCACCGUUCCCUUCUCCAGCACAGCACCUGACCUGACAGAGUCACCCAUGUUUCAUCCUCUCUUGAAGUCUGUGAAAGCGGGCAUGCCCAUUGGCUGUUACCUGGCCUUGGCCAUGACAGCCCUGGGCCACAGUAUUGAAAAGUUCUGUGCAGAAGGCAUCUCACUUUUGGGAACUCUUAUCCAGUCGAGGCAUUUGAGAACGGUGGUCCAUGUACUGGAUAAGAUUCUGCCUUUGUUCUACCCUUGCCAGUAUUACUUGCUGAAGAACGAGCUGUUUUUGUCCCACCUCCUCCUCUUCCUGCACUUGGACAGUGGUGUCCCACAGGGUGUCACGCAGCAGGUCACCCACAAAGUGGCACAGCACCUGACAGGAGCCAGCCAUGGGGACAACGUGAAGCUUCUCAACAGCAUGAUCCAGGCUCACAUAUCUGUAAGCACUCAGCCCAACCAAGUGGGUCCUGUUGCUGUGUUGGAGUUCUGGGUUCAGGCACUUAUAAACCAGCACCUUUGGUAUCGAGAACAAGCGAUCCUCUUCCUCAUGGACCACUUAUGUAAAACAGCUUUUCAGCUAAUGCAGGAAGACUGUGUGCAGAAACUGCUCUACCAGCAGCAUAAGAAUGCUUUGGGCUACCACUGUGACCGGAGUCUGCUGACUUCUUUGGUGAGCUGGAUCGUGGCAGGCAACAUCACGCCUUCCUUUGUGGAGGGCACAGCCAUGCCCACGCAGGUCUGGUUUGCCUGGACUGUGCUGAACAUGGAAUCCAUCUUUGAAGAGGACUCCCAGCUACGAAGAGUCGUGGAAGGGGAGCUGGUUAUAAACUCUGCUUUUACCCCUGACCAAGCUCUGAAGAAAGCUCAAGCCCAGCUGAAACUCCCCAUCGUCCCAUCUCUGCAGAGGCUGCUGAUCUACCGCUGGGCCCACCAGGCUUUGGCCACACCUUCUGAUCAUCCUCUUCUGCCUCUCAUUUGGCAGAAGUUCUUCCUCCUGUAUCUCCACCGCCCAGGCCCACAGUACGGGUUACCCAUAGAUGGAUGCAUUGGAAGAAGGUUCUUUCAAAGCCCUGCUCAUAUCAAUUUGCUGAAAGAAAUGAAGAAGCGCCUGACAGAGGUGGCUGACUUCCACCAUGCAGCGAGCAAGGCCCUCCGUGUACCAGCAGAGGGCAGCGAAGGGCUCCCGGCCAGCCAGGUUGGCACCGCUGCUUACCUCACAUCACCGGAACUGCACACGGAACUCGUGAGACUCUUCAAUGUAUAUGAAUUAUGGCUAGAAGAUGAGACCUUCCAAAAAGGAGAUACCUAUAUCCCUUCUCUGCCAAAGCACUAUGAUACUCACAGGCUAGCAAAAGUGAUGCAGAAUCAGCAGGAACUGUGGACAGAGUACUUGAACAUGGAGCGUAUACGCCACGAGUUCCAGGAGGUGGUUGGUUUGUGGAUGCAGGUCAAGCUGGAGUCCCAUUGCCCGUCCUGUAGUGUGUCAGUUCAGCUGGACUUCACUGACCCUCUGCUAGCCAAAGAGAGGAUUUUGAGUAACUUGCGGAAGCACGAGGAUCCGCAUCCUCCCCUCGUCCUGCCUUCAGUGAGGCCUCCUGUGCCGGUGAUUUCUCCAGCUGUGCUGCUGAGUCAGAAAGAAGCCACACAGCUGGUGUACACAGAUCUGAACGUCCUGCAGCAGCAGGCCAGAACUGCAGCUCUUCGAGAAUCUCAGCAGGUUGCCCUGGAUGGUGAACUUUUAGACACAAUGCCCAAGCAAUAUGUUAAUCGAGAAGAGCAGAUCACCCUCCAUUUGGAGUGCAGAGGCAGCAGUGGCAAGAAAUGCCAAGGAGCAGCAGUUGUAACAGUUCAAUUUGAAGGCAUGUGUAAGAAUGAAGCAGUUAGCCAGCAGCUCCAGGUUUUGCGAAAAGAAGUGAAGCAGUUGCAAGCAGAAGCAUCAAAGCCGCCAUCACUUAAUGUGGUCGAAGCUGCUGUGCAUGCAGAGAACCUCAUCACGGCCUUGGUGAAUGCCUACAAGCUGCAGCCCACACUUGGGGUUCAGCAGGUCGGCAUUAGCCUUUUCUUCAUGGUUGUGGAUUAUGUCAGUGAGGAGACACAGCGUCAUCCUCCCACGAGGCAGUUCUUCACUUCAUGCAUCGACAUCCUGGGGCAGGUGUUUAUCAGUGGCACUAAAUCAGAGUGCAGGAAAGUACUUGAGACCAUUCUGAAGAACAGAAGGCUCUGCUCCCUCUUGUCCCCGUUCUUCACUCCCAAUGCUGCACCUGCCGAGUUUAUACAGCUCUAUGAGAAGGUGGUGCGGUUCCUAAGUGAGGACAACAGUGAUGUGAUUUUCAUGCUGCUAACCAAGUUUGAUCUGAAGCAAUGGUUAAACACCACGAAACCUCCUCUGUCUGAUCGUACCAGGCUACUGGAGGCCAUUCAUUUGGCACUAACUGCCUGGGGCCUUGAACCAGAAGAAGACAUUUUGAUGCCAUUCAAUCUUUUCUGUAAGCACUGGACCUACCUCCUGCUGUACCAGUUCCCUGACCACUACAGUGACAUUCUCAGGCUGCUGAUGCAAAGUUCUGCAGAGCAGUUGCUGAGUCCCGAGUGCUGGAAAGCCACCCUGAGAGUCCUGGGCUGCUGUGCCCCAAGCUGCCAGCAGGGGACAGCGUCUGCAGAGAGCAACGUGCUUCAAACCUCUUCACAGGUUCUACUGUCAGAGGAACAGGUGGUAGAGACAAUACAAUGGCUUUCAGACUUUUUCUGCAAACUUCGAUUAUCCAAACUGGACUUCAAAAGCUUUGGUUUAUUCUCAAAAUGGAGUCCUUAUGUGGCUGAUGUGAGGACAUUCUUAGGCUAUCUUGUGAAAAGGCUGAUUGACUCAGAAAUGGCCUCGUUGACCCAAGAUCCAUCUGUUUGCAGCAAAUCAGUGCUGAGGUCCCUGCAUUCACGCAUCGUCGCGCUCUUGAAGCCGUGGGUCCUGGUGUUGGAGGACAGUGAAAGCAGCCAGGAGCGACAUUACCCCUGGCUGGAGAGUGAUGCUGUGCUGGCUUCGAGCAUCGUGCAGCUGUUCGCUGACUUGGUGGACUCUCUGCACAGGAAAUUCCAAGAUAAGCUUUUGCCGGGUGAUGAGGGAGCCCUUCGGUUACACCUGAUGCACUACUGUGAAACAUGUACAGCCCCCAAAAUGCCAGAGUUCAUCCUGUACGCUUUCCACAGCGCCUAUCGGAGGCUCCCCUGGAAGGACCUGCACCCUGACCAGACGCUCAUGGAAGCCUUCUUCAAAGUAGAACGAGGAAGCCCCAAGAGCUGUUUCCUGUUUCUGGGGUCUGUGCUGUGUGAGGUCAAUUGGGUUAGUGUGCUCGCAGAUGCCUGGAAUCCCAGUCCCCUUCCAGAAACCCAGAGCAUGAUUGUCUGCCUCCUUUUCAUGAUGAUUCUGUUGGCAAAAGAAGUUGAACUAGUUGACCAACCAGAUUCACCUUUACUCAGUCUCCUUGGACAGACAAGCUCACUUUCAUGGCAUCUUGUGGAUAUUAUGUCAUACAAGAGUGUGCUGGGGUAUUUCAGCAGUCACUACCCGCCAUCCAUCAUCCUGGCAAAGGAGUCUUCUGCUGAGUUAAUUGUGAAGCUCCUGAAAGUGUCUGCAGGCCUCUCCAUUCCUGCUGAUAGCCAGAAACAUUGUGAUGCAGUUCCAAAGUGCCAGGCUUUCAUUCAUCAAAUGGUUCAGUUCCUCAGCACCUUGGAACAAAAUGGGAAAAUCACCUUUGCAGUCCUGGAACAGGAAAUGUCUAAGCUGUUAGACGACAUCAUUGUCUUUAACCCACCUGACCUGGACAGCCGGAUGCGCCACAUGGCGCUCAGCAGCCUCUUCAUGGAAGUCCUGAUGAUGAUGAACAGUGCCACCAUUCCGACGGCCGAGUUCCUCCGGGGCAGCAUCUGCACGUGGAUAAGCCAAAAAGUGCAUGGGCUGAUGGUGCUGCCCCUGCUAACAGCAGCCUGCCAGAGCCUGGCUUCCGUUCGCCACAUGGCUGAGACCACAGAAGUUUGCAUCACUGCCUACUUCAAAGAAGGCUCCUUCAAUCAGAACUUAGGAUGGGGCCCUAUCCUGGUGUCCCUUCAAGUCCCUGAGCUCACCAUAGAAGAAUUUCUGAGGGAGUGUCUCACCCUUGGCAGUUACCUGACUCUCUACGUCUACCUGCUUCAGUGCCUGAACAGUGAGCAGACUCUCCAGAACGAGAUGAAGAUGCUGCUCAACCUGAGCAAGUGGGUGGAGCAGGUGUAUCCAAGUUCCAUGCAGGAAGAAGCGAAGCUGUUUUUGUGGUGGCACCAAGUCCUGCAGCUGUCUCUGGUACAGACAGAGCAGAAUGACUCAGUCCUGACAGAGUCCGUAAUCCGAAUUCUGCUGACGCUUCAGAGCAGACUGAGCGUGGUGGCCGAGGAGAGGAUCAGCUCUGGGAUCCUGGGGGCAAUCGGCUUGGGCCGGAAGUCGCCCUUGUCUAACAGGUUCCGAGUGGUUGCCCGAGGCUUAGCUGCAUUCCUUUCAGUCCAGAUUCCUACAGAAGAUCAGAUCCGACUGAAGCCCGGUUCGGAGUUGCAUCUGACUGCCAAAGCUCAGCAGGCUCUGAGUGCUCUUGAAUCCAUGACAUUGAGUAAACAGUACAUUGAGUACCAAGACCAGAUCCUGCAAGCCGCCCAGUUUAUAAAGCAUCCUGGCCAUUGCCUCCAAGAUGGGAGAAACUUCCUGGCCCUUCUUGUUAACAGUCUGUAUCCAGAAGUGCAUUAUUUGGACAACAUCCGAUAGUUACCUUGAGGUUCUUGAAAAACCUUGUUAUUGUUUAUGUUUACAUUUAACUUUGCUGUUCUUUGCUGGCUUCACUUCUGAUCUGGCGGUCAGAUCAGCUAAGAAGUAGUUGAGUGAGAUGCAAGUUGGGAGGCGUCAGGGAGUUUUGGGGUGUGUGUGUGUAUGUGUCUGGCUUAGCUCUUAAAGCAUUCUUGGAGCAUUUUAGCUUUUACGUUUAUCCUCAAGUGAAACUUCUGAAGCUGCACAUGGGUAUGGAACAUCUUACAAGUGCUGAAUGCCCCCAGCAUCUCAAGACUCCAGGAAUCAUGGGAAGCUCUUGCUUUUACGCCCCACCCAAUUUGUGUUCCUCCAAAGUAAAAACUCACCUUUGAAAAUGCCUGAGUUUCUCAAAUAUGGGGAAUUGCACCUGCAUUGGAGUGUUGUGGCAUUUCUCUCAAAAGGGAGGUAGAAAUGUUGAGUUUGUUAAAGCGAGUCACCCAUCAGGGUUGGAUGGCAGUCUGUGCUGUGCCCGCUGGGCAGAGAGUUCUGGUUGGUCCUCAGGAAGGGGAGUGCAGUCAGGGAUGACUUCAGUCACCACAAUCCCUCCAUUCCCUUAUUCACACCACUCAGCUGCCCCUGUUUGACACUGAAUUUUGCAAGUUGAUUUCCAAAGGGCCCUCAGAGAUGGGGAGACCAGAGGCCCUGCUGGGCAUUCCCUGCCGUUCUUCCCUCCACGGUAGACUCGGAUGCAGGCAGGGCUGGAGCAUUGCUGGAGUCUGGCUGUUGUCCAGGAGCCACAUGCCUUCUGUUAACGUCCUUCCCAUUCAUCACCAUGGCCUGGUGCUGGUACUGCCUUGUGCUGUGCCCAUUUUCAUGCUUGUGGUGUUUUCCCCAGCAGCGAGCAGCAGGGCUGUCAUCCUCUUAUUCACACUUCUCUUGGCUCAGCAUGGAUUUUGUUGGUUCGGUUCUGCUUAUGGGGCAAUGCCUGGACACAAGUCACUUACCUACAGGGUCUCAGUGGCCAUGGGAGCUCUUAGUGGGGAGACAGGGACGUGGGACAGCAGAGCCGUGAUGGCCUCUCAGGUACCUUUAGCUAUGGGCGGAGGCUUGUAGGAGCUGUGAAUCGACUGAUGUGGCAACAAUGGUGUAACAAUGGGAAAUAGCUUGUGUGCCAUUUUUAUUUUUUAAGGAGGAGACAAUUAUUGAUUUCCUAGACUGUGAAGUUUCUCAGUGACAUUGUGCACAUUUAAAAAAAAUUAUGACUAAUCUGUUAGUUUUUGAAAGUUUAUAAUAUUUAUAAUGUAUUUGAUCUGUAAAAAUGAUGAAAAAUAAAAUCAGCCUCUGGUUGUUAACGCUGUGAA